AUGGCUUCUGCUGUGCUGAUGAACCAGAUGAAGCUCAUCAUCUGGAAUAUGGAGGUGACAAGCACCACGAGCAUGGUCAUCCACAGCCUAACAGGAGCACUGGGAGGCCUUGGUGUUCCUUGCAUUGCAGCUGCCAUGGCCUCUGCUGUGCCCCACGAGGAAGAGGCUGCCCAGAGCUCCCUGGAGGAGGAGGAGGAGCAGGAGGUUGUGGAGGAGGUGGCCAAUGUGAGCCUGGUGGGCUCUGCCUGUGAGGUGGUUUCUGCAGCUUGUGCCUCCAGCAGGGAGAGCCAGCCCUGCCUGAGCUCUGUGUGUGACGCUGCAGAGAAGGGAGUGCAGAGUGUGACCCAGGCCACGGCCAGCUGUGUGCAGCCCGUGCUGGCCACCCUGGAGCCCCAUGUGGCUGCAGUGAGUGAAAAUGCUGCCGAGGGUUUGGAUAAACUGGGGGAGAAGCUCCCACUCCCUCCAAAGCCAGUGGAACAGAUUCUGUCUGACACAAAGGAGGUGCUGUCAUCCAUCGUGGCUGAGGUGAAGGAGGCUGUGAGCAGCAGAGAGCUGGAGGUGCUGGAUGUCACCAGGGACACCCUGCAGGGCAGCGAGGGGACAGCCACACCUGCAGUGACCAGUCUGGAGCCUGCAGUGCCACAGAGGGGUGUCCUUGGAGCAGAGGCUGUGCUGGGGACAGCAGAAGGUGACUCUCUCCCCAUUGGAAAUGAGGAGCUAGCCCAGCUGGCAGUGUCUGAGGAGGGCAUGGCAGCUCUGCCCCUGGAGCAGCACAGGCGGUACUUUGUGCACCUGAACUCUGUCUUUGAGGAUCUGCACCUCUUGGCACAGCUGCACUCCACAGGCAGGAUCCAGCAGCUCUUACAGGACUUGCAGGGGGCCCUGGCACAGCUCUACUGCAUCCUCGAGGUGGUUGAGGCAGUGAAACAAUUUAAUCAAAAGCUUCAGGAAGAGCAGGUGAAACUCCACCAGAUGUGUCAGGACUGGACUAGGAAGUAUCUCAAAGAGAGUGGAGAUGAUAGCUCUGCAGAGCCUGAGGAGAUGGAGCGUGGGACACUGCUGAUGGCCUGCAGGAUCAGCCAGCAGCUGCAGCUCUCCUGCUCUAGCCUGGUGGCUGCCAUGCAGGGCCUGCCCUGCUGCCUGCCGGACGAGCUGCAGCGGGCUCUGCAUGCCAUCAGGGAGCUGCCUGCUAUUUUCUCAGGGGCAGGCUACUUCCAGGACUUGUCCAACAGUGUCCUGAGCCAGAGCCAGAGGGAGCUGGCUGUGAUCCAGGAGUACGUGGAGGAGCUGCUGGAUUGCCUGAAGAACAACACUCCUCUGUCCUGGCUGGUGGGACCCUUCUCCCCCAGGGAGGAGGAGGAUCAA